GUGUUAUUGUCUAGGUUUGUUUUUUUCCCUUCAGUUCUGAAUACACUUAAGCUUUGUUUAUUAACAGAAAUUGGUCCAACUGUCGAAGAGUUGGCUCUGUCACCUUGCAAGUUAAUACACUAACAAGUAUUAAAACAACUGGGCUGGGCUGUUUUAAAUUAUUUUUGGCACUUAAGAAACCACAAAAACUUUGAUUACGAAGAUGACGACGAAACAAUCAAUCAAUGUUGAUUUACAAGUCGAAGAUUAGAUUAGAUAUGUUUGAGCUAUUUGGGAACUAGUCUUUUUAGGCAAGUGACUCGCCACAACGACAUUUUGAAUCAAUGGCGUUGAGAUUAAAGUUUCGACUAAUAAGAACUUUUGUAAUCACAACGAGUGGGUUGAUAGUUUACACUCUUGCAGAUAAGUUUUAUGAGCCUGUUCUAAAACCCGCACUUCAACUUUUGGACCCCGAAUCAGCCCAUGACUUUGCCAUUUUUGCCGCAAAACAUGGCCUCGUUCCGAAGGAUAAAGGAAAGGAUUGGUCCGGUCUUGCUUGCGAAGUGUGGGGAAGACAAUUCGAAAAUCCUAUCGGUCUAGCAGCAGGAUUCGAUAAACAUGGAGAUUGUGUCGAUGCCAUGUUAUCAGCUGGGUUUGGAUUUGUGGAAGUUGGUUCAGUAACACCUGAACCACAAGAAGGAAACCCCAAACCUCGAAUAUUUCGACUAGAAAAAGACCGAGCAGUCAUUAAUCGAUGUGGUUUUAACUCAGUUGGAAGUAGUGUGGUUUCCGAAAGAUUGCGAAAACGUCUCGUCCAUAUUCACGCCGCACAACCGGGCGUUGUUGGUGUUAAUUUAGGAAAAAACAAGGAUACAGAAGACGCCAAGUUGGAUUAUGAAAAAGGUGUGGUGGCUUUCGCAGAUAUUGCUGAUUACUUGGUUAUCAAUAUUUCCUCGCCGAAUACUCCUAGUCUUCGAAACCUCCAACAGAAGAAUCAACUGGCUGAUUUGUUGGAACAUGUCAUUGCAAUUCGAGACGCCACGUUGAAAGAACUUUCACCGAAAGGAAGGCCGCCUAUAUUGGUAAAGAUAUCUCCCGACUUGACGGAUGAAGAGCUAGCUGAUAUUGUGACUACCUGUAUGCGACUUUCGGUGGAUGGAAUUGUUAUUUCCAACACAACUAUUCAGAGACCUCAUGGCUUAUUGGAACAACAAGUGGCAAUGCAGGAGGGUGGUCUGAGUGGUCCUCCUUUAAAAAAUAUUUCCACCUCGAUUAUUCAAAAGGUUUAUCGGAUGACAAAUGGAAGACUGGUUAUCGUUGGCGUUGGAGGUGUAUCCUCCGCUGAAGACGCUUAUGACAAGAUAAGAGCGGGUGCUUCCUUAAUCGAACUAUACACUGCAUUGGCCUAUGAAGGUCCUGCACUUAUUCGGAAAAUCAAAAUUGGACUUUCUGAAUUGUUACAAAGGGAUGGCUUUCAGUCUGUUCAAGAAGCAAUUGGCAAAGAUGUUUUUGUUUCUACUUCGCAAGAUGGAAUGAGGAAUUAAUCGAUAUUCAUCUUGGAUGCCGAUGAAAUCUUUUGAUUCAAAAAUGAAACCAUUCCAGCCCGUUCUACUAUAGUUGCACAUAUAACUAGUUUGAAGUAUAUUGGAGAAUUCUCUUGAAGAGUAAAAUUUUUGUAUCCUUC